UACUUGCGUAACGAGCCUGCCUGUGUCGCGCUCCCUCCUUAUUAUAUAAGGCCUCUUCGCGUAGUCUUUAAGCCUCGUUCAUCUCUCUGAGGAGUAAGACCGGCGUAGAGCAGAAAUGGGGCUUUCAUCCAAGGAUCGUAGAGAGGAAGUCAUCCAAGCAUGGUACAUGGAUGAUAGCGAUGAGGACCAGAGACUUCCUCAUCACCGAGAUCCUGAGGAGUUUGUGUCAUUGGAUCAACUUGAAAAACUUGGUGUCCUCAGUUGGUGUUUAGAUGCAGAUAAUUACGAAACUGAUGAGGAAUUAAAGAAGAUUCGUGAAGCCCGUGGAUAUUCUUAUAUGGAUUUCUGUGAGGUAUGCCCUGAAAAGCUACCAAAUUAUGAGGUGAAGAUUAAGAGCUUCUUUGAAGAACACCUUCACACUGACGAGGAAAUCCGCUACUGUGUGGCAGGAAGUGGUUACUUUGAUGUGAGGGACCAAGAUGACCGCUGGAUCCGCGUAUGGGUAAAGAAAGGGGCUCUGAUUGUAUUACCAGCUGGAAGUUAUCACCGCUUCACGCUGGAUAGCAACAACUACAUCAAGGCAAUGCGGCUCUUUGUGGGAAAUCCAGUGUGGACUCCAUUUAAUCGCCCUCAUGAUCAUCUUCCAGCAAGGAAAGAGUAUCUUGAAGCUUUUAUGAAGAAGGAUGCCUCCAACCAAGCUGUUGAUGCUGCUGCUUAAAAUCUCAUUUACAUCCUAUAUCUCAGAAAAUCAGUUUGACCAAGGUUUCAGCUUUAAGCGUACAAAUAGAACCUAAGAUAACAUGUACCUGAAGUAAAUAUUAGUUCCUGUAUUGUGCUGUGCUCUUUAGUUUUUUAUGUGUGAUGGCAACUGUUUCAAGUUCUAGUCAUGGAAUUGUACC